GUUGUUGCAGGUUUCCUCAGUAUAUUUAAAUAGUUUUAAUAUAAUAAACUGUAUGACAGCACAACAUUUCCAUUAUAUUUUUUUUAUCCACUUUACAAUCACGCACACAAACAGCUAAAACAAACAGAAAACCACACAAUUAGACAACCUUAAUGUAGGCGCGAACUGAAUACAAGGCAAAAUAUGCAAAUUAGACUAUUAGCUUUUGUUAAAAGGGGAAUAUUUGUAUGCUCUCAAGGCUUUAAAAGUUAAAAAAAAAAAAAAAAAAAAAAAAAACUUUUUGCUAAUAUUGCUGGUCAGAAUGUGAAAUUUGUGAAUAAUUUCUCUGUUUACGGCUUUAGACGCCAGAAAUAACUUCUUAUUGAAGUUAAGCUGUUAAUAUUUAGUUUACCUACAAUACUAUAUUAAAAUGGCUCGAGUUCACAAGUUAGACGGUGAAUUAGAAGCUUCAGAAGUAUCAAAAAAAGAAAAAAAGAUCCCAGUCUCCACGUCUGAAUGAAGAGGUCCACACCCCUAAAGCUCAUUUCUACAGGUUUCCAUUCAGUGGGCGGUGGGAAAUCAAAACACUACUUCUCCAGUCCGUUUGAAACACUCGGGUAGAAAGAUGUUGCCAUUUAUAAAGUUUCCCAAAGGAGAUAUACGGAUCCCACCUGAAGAAUGAAUGUACGAAUCUGACCUCAUAAGCGGAAUAACUACUGAUUCUACGUGUAAGAAGAAACGUCUAGCAGUACUUUUGUCUGUACGGCUUUGUUUGGGCCUCUGCAGAUCCCUGACACUUUCCAGCUCCCCUGAAGAGUAAUUUGACAUUUGGGAAGUACACAUAUACAUUGUAUACAAGCAAUGACUGAACAGGGUUUUUCCGCUUCCACUCUACUAAAGCGCUAUCGCCUGGCCAUGACAGAGUCAAACUCUAUCUCCUCACCUUCCGGGACUGCUGCUCAGGACUCGUCAGAGGGUAAGGACCUUUUGACAGAUGGGGAUCCCAACUUCCCCAUGUCUUCACUGGCCGAACUACUUGACAAUGAUGAUGGAUCACAGCCAACCCAAGAUUCGCCCCAGGAUUCAGCUCGACCUGGACAACAGACUGACAACAAGCAGAACAUGCGGAUAAGGUUCCCAGGGGCCUUUAAAAAGGGAGUUCCUAACCCCAUGGACCUUCUUGAGUCCACCAUGUCUGAAUAUCCAGUGGCACCUGGGCCUAAGAAAGCACCUAUGGACUCCCUGUUUGACUACGGCACAUGUAGGGAGAUCAACAACCAGAAAAAACGCAGGAAGAAGCUUCCACGGGGGAAGGCCGAGAUUGAGAUGUCAUGUGAUGAGGGAUCCCCAGAGCCCCCUGUUCUUAAAGUCUUCAACCGCUGGCUGUUGUUUGAAGCUGUAUCUCGAGCAGAUCCAAGAGCUCUGGAUGGUCUCCUACAGUAUCUUCAGUCAAAUGAAAAGAGGCUGACAGAUGAGGAGUUCAAAGAACCUUCUACAGGGAAGACAUGUCUACCAAAAGCACUUCUGAACCUGCACAAUGGUCACAAUGACACAAUCCCUUUGUUGGUGGACAUUGCUGAACAGACAGGAAACCUCAGAGAGUUCAUCAACACGCCCUUCAGAGAUGUGUAUUAUAGGGGUCAGAUGGCACUGCAUAUCGCCAUAGAGCGACGAUGCAAGCAGUAUGUGGAGCUUCUGGUGGAGAAGGGGGCUGAUGUUCACGCCCAGGCCAGGGGCCGAUUCUUCCAGCCCAGAGAGGAGGGUGGAUACUUCUACUUUGGUGAGCUGCCUCUCUCACUCGCGGCUUGUACCAACCAACCAGACAUGGUGCGUUACCUGACCGAGAAUAGCCACAAGACGGCAGAUAUGCGGAGGCAGGACUCAAGGGGAAACACAGUCCUGCACGCCCUGGUCCAUAUCGCUGAUAACACUCGGGACAACACACGCUUCGUCACUAAGAUGUACGACUUGCUGCUCAUUAAAUGUGCCAAACUCUACCCAGACUGCAACCUGGAGAAUGUGCUCAACAACGAUGGCAUGUCCCCUCUUAUGAUGGCCGCCAAGCUGGGAAAAAUUGGGGUGUUCCAGCACAUCAUCCGGAGAGAGAUCAAAGAUGAAGAGGCUCGGCAUUUCUCCCGGAAAUUUAAGGACUGGGCUUAUGGACCCGUCUACUCCAACCUGUAUGAUCUGUCUUCCCUGGAUACCUGUGGAGAGGAAGUCUCUGUUCUGGAGAUACUCGUCUAUAACAGCAAGAUUGAGAAUCGCCAUGAGAUGUUGGCGGUGGAACCGAUAAAUGAGCUGCUAAGGGCCAAGUGGCAGAAGUUUGCUGCUGUGACCUUCUAUAUUAGUGUGUUUUCCUACCUUGUCACCAUGAUCAUCUUCACUCUUGUGGCCUACUAUCGCCCAUCAGUGGGAAAACCCCCUUACGCCUACGAUACCACUGCAGACAAGGUGCGCUUGGCAGGAGAGAUCAUAACAGUGGCUUCUGGAGUCUUUUUUUUCGUAACGAAUAUUAAGGACCUUUUCCUGAAGAAGUGCCCGGGGGUGAAUUCUUUAUUUAUUGAUGGAUCCUUUCAACUUCUCUACUUCAUCUACUCCGUGUUGGUGCUGGUGAGCGCAGCGCUGUACCUGUCAGGGAUUGAAGCCUACGUGUCUGUGAUGGUGUUUGCUCUAGCACUAGGUUGGAUGAACACCCUCUAUUUUACCAGAGGCCUUAAACUCACUGGAACUUACAGUAUCAUGAUUCAGAAGAUUCUCAUCAAAGAUUUGUUCCGGUUCCUGCUGGUCUAUGUGCUCUUCAUGAUCGGCUAUGCAUCAGCUUUAGUCUCACUUCUGACCAUCUGCCCUGAUGAGGAGGCAUGUAAGGAUAACUGUCCCAAAUACCCAGAAUGCCGAGAUACAAACACCUUCAGCGAAUUCCUGUUGGACCUGUUUAAGCUGACCAUAGGCAUUGGAGAGCUGGACGACAUGCUAAAAGGCGCACAGUACCCUGCUGUCUUCCUCAUUCUGCUGGUCACCUACAUAAUUCUCACCUUCGUCCUGUUACUCAACAUGUUAAUCGCUUUGAUGGGGGAGACAGUUGGACAGGUGUCCAAAGAGAGCAAGAAGAUCUGGAAACUGCAGUGGGCCACUACUAUCCUGGACAUUGAGCGGUCCUUCCCAGUGUGUCUGCGGAGGUCUUUCCGGGUUGGAGAGAUGGUUACUGUUGGCAAGGGCUUGGAUGGAUCACCAGACAAACGCUGGUGCUUCAGGGUGGACGAGGUCAAGUGGUCCCAUUGGAAUCAAAAUCUGGGGAUCAUAAAUGAGGAUCCAGGCCAGAAAGACUAUUACGAACAAACACAGGGUGGACGGGGCCUUCGAAGAGAUCGCUGGUCCACGGUCGUCCCAAGAGUGGUUGAACUGAACCGGGGCUCCAGAGAUCAUACCGUAGAGAUGGAGCCUCUCACAGGCAGACACAGACAUAAGUCUGAAAGCUGAAGAUGAACGCUAAGGACUUCAAAGGGCGACAAUCCAUUGAAACUUUUUUUACUGGCCAGACAAUUCUGUAUUUUAUUAAAGCUGACAAUAGUUCUAUAGUUUUUAAUCUCUAAUGGGAGAACAGCUCUAUAUAUUAUGAGUUUUGAAAAUAUUGUUUUUUGGUUUUUUUCCCGGUGAUGAUGAUGAUCGUAUUUUACAUGUAUAUGUGGACCCAUGAGACACUCAGGAACACUUUUGAUUUGUAGGUCAUUCCAUAUUGUGGCAAGAGAGAUCGUUAUUAAUAUUAUAGUGGUUUUCAUGGUGCGUGCAAUAGAUUCUCUAAACAGUUUUUAUCAUUUUUAUUUUAUAAACAAAAAGUGUUUCGUUUUUAAUAUUUUGAUCCAGAAAAACCGACAACACUCCACAGGGUCUUGGAUGUCUCUGUUGAUUCCUGCUGACAUUUUUUUGUGGAUUAUAUGGAAAAGGUUAUAUUUUAAUCAAUAAGAUUACCUCAGUGUUAAAUGUGCCUUGUGAUAAAGUACGGUCUUUUUAAUGAAAAAUCGUAUUGUUAUUCUUUUGUUAUAUUGCCCAACCAUAAUGGAAAGACAAAAAAAUGCUGCUCUGAUUUGGCCUUUGGCUUUGUUUUGUAAUAAAGGUCAUGCAGAAAACAGAUGUGGCACCCACACCAGGAGUGUGCACAAUGCCAGACAGUAGCAGUUUGCUAUUUUCACCUCAGUAUGCUGGCAAUAGUGUGACUUAAUUGGUGUGAUGCUGGUAAUGAUUUAAAAUGACGAGUUCAGUUUAGACGUUUCUUAUUUCACCGAUAAUUCAGAAAGGUUAAUUUUGUAGGGGACCUUUAUUUUUCUGUUGGCAUGUAUUUUUUUAAUGUAUUGUGUGUGUAUAUAUGUGUGUAUAUAUGUAUGUAUAUAUAUAUAUAUAUAUAUAUAUAUAUAUAUACACACACACAAUACAUUAAAAUAUAUAUAUAUAUAAUGUUGUUGUUUUUUUGUUUUUUUUUACAGAGAACAAAAGGCGUUGUCUGAAUGUUGUAGUUUAAUGAUAAAUAAUGUUUCUUUUCUUUUUCUUUUUUUAAGAAACUGACCAUUUUAAUGCUUUUAAGUCUUUUUGUAUUAUUUUUGAAGUCCAUGGACUGGAAUAGGAUUCUGUCUUGUUUUUGUUCACAGGCCUGAUUUCCAAACUCUGGUCAUUUCAGAUAUCCUUUAUUUAUACAUUAGACACCAAGUAUAGAUUAGGAAUCAGAAGAAUGUACAGAAAUAGAUGGUAAUAUAUUCUUGAUAGUUGGUAAUAUCGUGCCCGUAUGUUAUAUGUUUGAUGCUGCUGUUGAUAAACACAUUAUUUUAUGUCCUGGAUUGGAUGCGUUAAUAAUUCCAACAAUCAGAGAGAUUUUUUUUUUUCAUUAACAGUAAAGAGAUUUUGAUUCACCCCUAAAAUUACUCUCUGAAAAUAAGAAAAAGCUGCGCUUUCAGAUGGUUAUUUUAAUUUGUAGGCUACUUAUUGUAUAUUUAACUCAUUUCAUUUGUUUCAUAAUAUUCUUUUACUCUUUAAAACAACUUAAUCUACUGACCUCAAAUAUGUAAUGAAAAAGAACAAAAAUGUAUUACUUGAUAAGCACACCAGUCAUAUCUCAAUCUGAAGAAUCUGCAGUAGCCUAGUCAUACUUGGCUUGACAGAAAAAGAAACCUAGUUCUGCUUCAGUGAAGAGAAGUCUGAUUCAAUUCGCUGAAUCGGUUCUUUCGAUAUGGCCUAUGUUUUUAAUGAAUCUUGUUUCAGCAGUUCUUCUGCAUCAUGUCGUAAUAACUCUAAGAACGUUUCAAUAAAACUCAUGAAAUAUA